AUGUCGACAAGUCUGGAACAGCCUAGCUACACUUUGGUGUACGAUACGACACCUCAAAGUAUCACUUACUCUGCGUCUGACUUCCAGAAGGCGUUGGAGAAAGGUUCUGACAAUGAUAAAAUCGAGACGAUGAAACGGAUUCUGGUUGCAAUGCUAGAUGGCAACUCUUUUCCCGAACUGCUUAUGCAUAUUAUCCGGUUUGUGAUGCCCUCUAAGAACAAGAAGCUCAAGAAGCUGUUGUAUUUCUACUGGGAAAUCGUUCCAAAGCUCGACAAUGAGGGGAAGUUGAAGCAAGAAAUGAUCUUAGUGUGUAAUGCCAUUCAGCACGACUUGCAGCAUCCUAACGAGUACAUUCGGGGCAACACUCUCCGCUUUUUGAUGAAACUGAAGGAGGCAGAAUUAUUGGAGCAAAUGGUCCCAUCUGUUCGAGCAUGCUUGGACUACCGCCACGCCUAUGUGCGGAAGUACGCAAUUUUAGCGGUAUAUUCCAUUUACAAAGUUAGCGAUCAUUUGAUUCCAGACGCGCGGGAGAUAAUUAACUCUUUCUUGGCCGCAGAAACUGAUCCAGUCUGCAAGAGAAACGCAUUUGUCGCUUUAUCUGAGCUUGAUCGCGAAGCGGCCUUACAAUACUUGCAGGAGCACAUCACAACUAUUGAUGUUUUGGACUCUCUCUUGCAAGUUGCAUUUAUCGAAUUUAUCAGAAGAGAUGCAAUUCAUACACCUUCAUUGAAGGGCCAGUACGUUGAAUUACUCCAAGAGCUUAUGGUCAGCACGUCAUCGAACGAAGUUGUGUAUGAAGCCGGUGUUGCGUUAACUGUGUUAACGAGCGCUUCUACAGUUUCACUACAGGUUGCUUCGAAGUUGAUUGACCUUGCCGUGAAGGAGUCUGACAAUAAUAUUAAGUUGAUUAUUUUGAACAAAAUCGAUGAAAUCCAGGCAAAAGAUCCACGCUCCUUGGAAGAUUUAACUUUGGAUGUCUUGCGAGUUUUGCGGAACCAAGAUUUGGAUGUUCGUGCAAAGGCUCUAGACAUAGCGUUGUCGUUGGUGACGUCGCGCAAUGUAGACGAUGUGGUGAAGCUUCUGAAGAAAGAGUUACAGUCUACAGUAGGCGACAUAAAUGAUAAGUCCGUAGAGUACAGAGAACUUUUGACGAAGAGUAUCCACAAAGUGGCUAUUAGAUUUGUUGAAGUUUCAGCAAAUGUUGUCUCCUUGCUUCUGGAGUUCAUUGGGGAUUUGAAUUCAGAUGGUGCGAGUGGGGUAAUAUCGUUCACUAAAGAGGUGAUCGAAAAGUAUCCUCAAUUAAGAGAAGAAAUUCUUGAACAUCUAAUUAGUGCCUUGCCAUCCGUUAACUCGGCCCGUGCGUACAGAGGUGCGCUUUGGAUCUUAGCUGAGCACUCGCAAACCGAGAAAGACAUUCAACAAGCCUGGAAGCACAUUCGUGAUAGUAUUGGUGAACUGCCAAUAGUACAAUCCGAGAUGAAACUCUUGAACAAGGAAUCCGAUGAGGAUGAAGAGAUACCAGAAGAUAACGUGCCCAAGGGUCCAACUGUUCUUCCGGAUGGUACUUACGUUACUGAGUCUGCUCUAACAGUACAAAGUACGAAACAGCUCUCGAAGGAAGAUAAAGAUUCUCGUCCACCACUCCGUCGGUUUAUUCUCAGCGGGUACUUCUAUGCUGGCUCUGUUCUGGCAAACACUAUUGUUAAGUUGAUCUUAAGAUUCGAGAAAAUCUCUGACAACAAAUCAAUAAUUAAUGCCUUGAAAGCAGAGGGUCUGUUGAUCCUAGUAAGUAUCCUAAGAGCUGGUCAAAGUAAACUUGUUGAGAAGCAAAUUGAUGAAGAUGCCCAAGAGCGGAUUAUGAUUGCUAUUUCCAUAUUAAUGAAUCAUACGGAUCCAGAGGAUACUAGCGAAGAUCGGAAGCUUUUGGAGAUGGCAUACUUGGACGCUACGAAAUCCUCCUACAAAGCCCAAUUGUCCAUAAACAGACGUAAGCUGGACAAGAAAAUCGCCAACCUCGUCAAUGAGAGUGCGGAGCCAGUUGAUAAGGCUGUCACCUUUAGACAAUUUGCUGCUGCAAAUGCACAACACACUCCGGUUGAUAACAUAGACAAUGAUUUGGAAUUGGCGUGUCGGGGUAGUUCAUUUGUGUCCAAGCAAGAAGCUAAUUCGAUCACGUCUAAGCUCAAGAAGAUUGUACCCCUAACUGGCUUCAGUGAUCCGAUAUACGCUGAGUGCUAUAUUACAAACCAUCAAUUUGAUGUUAUCUUGGACGUAUUGUUGGUUAACCAGACGAAAGAAACUUUGAAAAACUUGCAUGCGCAGUUUGCAACCCUGGGCGACCUGAAGAUUAUAUGCAACCCUCCAAGCACCAAUCUAGUUCCUCAUGGUUUCCACAGAUUUAGCGUUACAGUGAAGGUUUCAAGUGCCGAUACUGGUAUAAUCUUUGGGAAUAUAGUUUAUGACGGUGGACACGGCGAAGAUGCACGCUAUGUGAUCUUAAAUGAUGUCCAUGUUGCUACAAUGGACUACAUUAAGCCUGCAGUUUGUGAUGAAGCUUCUUUCCGCAAGAUGUGGAAUGCAUUUGAAUGGGAGAACAAAAUGGUUGUCAAAUCUAAGCUACCGACUCUGCAUGACUACUUGAAUAAGCUGAUUGAGGUCACCCAUAUGAAUGUCCUGACUCCUGAAGAAUCAUUUGCCGACCCCGAAUGUCGUUUCUUAAGCUGCAACUUAUACUCGAAGUCCACCUUCGGCGAGGAUGCUCUGGCUAAUUUGUGUAUCGAGAGAGACCCUACUAGUGGUUCCAUCAUCGGAGAAGUUCGCAUCCGCUCGAAGACGCAGGGCCUUGCUUUGACCCACGGAGACAGUAUUGCGCACAUGGAAAGGUCCUUCAACACCAUAAAAUUGGAUACAGUGUGA